GGUUACAGAACUAAACGCAAUUCAAUCGUUCUUUUUUUGACCCAUUUAGUUCCGUUGAAAAAUACGUUCUUUCUGCAUCGAAAACUAUUGUUCAAACUAUUUGGAUAUGCGUACAUAAUUUGGCAUCAACAUUGAAAUGUCAUCGGUGUUUGAGUGCUGUUUUUUUUUUGCUUUGUCUCAUUCGAAAGGUGGUUGUGUGAUAGAUUUGGUAGACAAGUACGUAGUUCACAGUCAAACGCAAUUGCACCAACAACCACACUGCUUUGAGAUAACGGUUUGCCGAGAGACCGACAAUCGGUUGGUGAAGUGAGUGUUGAUGUGAAACCAAAUUGCACAAAGCGACGCGCGUCAGUCGGUGUUUUUUCGUUGUCUCAAUUUGCAUUGUAGUAAUUGUUGGUUUAGAUUUUCAAUUUCGAACACCAUUUUAAAACAUCCGAUUUUGUUCAACUUUUCGCACAUUCUUUUCGGUUGGUGAUUUACUGAAAUGUCUAGCAAAAUGGGUAAUGGUUCGGUAAAAGCAACCAAGGACGACAACGAUAAUGUCUUCAAAAAUGAAAAGCAGAAGCAAAUCAGUGUCCGUGGUAUUGCGCAGCUGGAAAAUGUGAACGAGAUCAAGGCUGGUUUCAAUCGUCAUUUGCAUUAUACGCUAAUAAAAGAUCGAAAUAUUGCAACCACACAUGACUUUUAUAUGGCCUUGGCUGCGACUGUUAAGGAUCACAUCGUUUCGCGCUGGAUUCGCACACAGCAAUUGAGCUAUCAACGUGACCCAAAGCGUGUGUACUAUCUGUCAAUGGAAUAUAAUAUGGGACGUUUUUUGCAAAACAAUAUGAUUAACAUUGGCAUAGAAGAUGCGUGUGAUGAGGCUAUGUAUCAAUUGGGCUUGGACAUCGAAGAGCUGGAGGCAGUGGAGGGUGAAUUGCAUUUCAGCAAUGGCAGCAUGGGACGAUUGUCGGCUUGUUUUUUGGAUUCGAUGGCAUCGCUUGGCAUUCCAUCGUAUGGUUACGGUAUUCGGUACAAUGCAGGAGCGUUUACACAACGAAUUAUCGAUGGUGAACAACACGAAGACGUUGACGAUUGGCUUCGCUUAGGCAAUCCAUGGGAACGUGCUCGACCGGAGUAUUUGUUUCCCGUUCACUUUUACGGACGUCUCGCCAAUACUCCCAUCGGUCGCGAAUGGGUCGACACACAAGUUGUUUACGCUGUUCCACACGAUUUUCCCAUCCCAGGUUACAUGAACAAUGUGGUCAAUACAUUGCGACUGUGGAGCGCUAAAAGUACCGAAGGAUUCAAGCUGAAACUAUUCAACAACGGCGAUUACAUUCAAGCGAUUUUCGAUCGAUGCCUUGCGGAAAAUAUAACGCGUGUCAUGUAUCCAACGGCCGCCAAUACCACUGAAAAUCAAGAAAUCCGAUUGAAACAAGAAUAUUUCUUGUGUUCAGCGUCGCUGCAAGAUAUUAUCGCUCGAUACAAGAGCUCAAAGGUGGCACAAACCGAUACGGGUCGCACAGAUUACAAUAACUUCGCCGAGAAGAAUAUAAUCCAAUUGAACAACACAUAUUCUGCAUGGGUGAUUCCGGAAUUAAUGCGACAUUUGAUUGAUGUCGAGCACUACAGUUGGACGUCAGCAUGGAAAAUCGUUCGACAGUCAUGUGCAUUCACCAGUCAUAACAUUCUGUCCGAAACGCUGGAAAAAUGGCCAGUCGAUUUGAUUCAAAAAGUUUUGCCACGUCACAUGGAGAUAUUGUACCAGAUUAACUUUUUUCAUUUGGAAAAUUUGAAAGAGACAUUCUGCGUAAAUUUGGACAGCGUUUACGGCCUAUCGUGCAUAUCCAAUGAAUGCUUUGACAUGGCAACGUUGGCUGUUCUGGGUUCAUGUGCCAUAAACGGCGUAUCAAAAUUCCAUUCGAAUUACUUGAAAAAUGUCACAUUUUCACGUCUCUACGAACUGGAGCCGGAGAAAUUUUUGAACAUCACAAAUGGCAUCACACCACGACGGUGGCUAUUUUUGUGCAAUCCAACUCUCUCGAAUGUGAUAAGUGAGAAAUUGGGCGACAAGUGGCCGGUCCAAUCGGAAAAAUUGGAAUCGUUGCGGAAACUUUGUCGUGACAACAACUUCAUGCGUGCUGUAUCGAAAGCAAAAGAGGACAAUAAGUUGAAAUUGGCCGAAACAAUUCACAAAAAGUAUGGCAUCAUGAUUGAUCCAUAUUCGUUGUUCGAUGUACAGGUGCAUCGUGUACACGAAUACAAACGGCAAUGGUUGAACAUUCUGCACAUCGUCACGCUGUACAAUCGAAUCAAGUACAACAAAAACUAUUUGUCGAAAACACGGCGCACCGUAUUUAUUGGUGGUAAAGCUGAACCGGGUGACGCUAUUGGCAAGAGCAUCAUCAAGCUCAUCACAUCGAUUGCCAAGAUGAUCAACGAUUGCCCAGCCAUUGAUGGGAAACUAAAGGUUAUCGUUCUCGAAAAUUAUGGCGUAACAGUUGCAGAGGAGAUAAUCCCAUGUGCAGAUUUAUCUCAACAUCUAACGUUGCCGGGCUCAGAAGCGUCGGGAACGAGCCACAUUAAAUUCAUGCUGAAUGGUGCUUUGAUUAUUGCCACCUUGGAUGGCGCCACAUUGGAAAUUGUCAACGAAGUUGGCCACGUGAAUAUGUUCAUUUUUGGCAUGAACUUUGAUGAACGCAAAGCAUUACAAUCCAAAAAAUAUGAUCCAAUGGAAGUGUACAGAAGUAAUGCUGACUUGAAACAAUGCCUCGACCAAAUUCGCAAUGGAUACUUCAGCCCGGGAAACUUGGACGAGUUCACCGAUUUGGUUGAUCGCUUGCUGGCCGAGGAUAAAUACUUCAUUUUGGCCGAUUAUGAAGACUACGUUCACACACAGGAUCUAGUCUCGGCUACAUACGAGGAUAAGAAGAAGUGGAACGAGAUGGUCAUCCGAAACAUCGCAGUUGGCGGACGAUUUUCCAUCGAUCGCACGGCCAGGGAAUAUGCCAAAUUGAUUUGGAACGUUGAACCAAACAUGCAACCUCUGCCAGCUCCCGCCGAUUGAAAUACAAAAUGAAGGCAUCACCCAUUACUUUGGUCCAUUCAGCACGAAAUAAACGCCAUAAAUUAUUUUUAUACACAUUUUUUGAAAAAUUAAAUUAUAAAUAUCUUUGAGAAUUUUCAUUAAACGUUAUAAUUGUAAAAUAAAUGAUUAGGUCCUUAAUCAAAAUACGUCA